CCCCGGGAAGGGGAGGAGGCUGGCAGCGCUCCCAGCCCGGCCAGCAUCCCUCCCCGCCGGCAGCGAUGCUCAGUCCUGGCUCAGCCUGGCAGCAGUGCAGGCAGGGAGGGCACACGAGCCUGAGGAGGACAUGGGCGAGAACAACCGGACAGAGCCUUGGCACCAAAGCCUGCAGGCAGUGCUGAACGCCUUAAACCAGACGCUGCACGGGGCCAUCCCCUGCCCCGGCCAGGCCCCGGCCAGCACGGCGGGGACCACGCGCGGUGGCCACGCCGGCCGCAACGACAACGCCUACAUGUACAUCCUCUUCGUCAUGACGCUCUUCGCUGCCACCGUGGGCAGCCUCAUCCUGGGCUACACCCGCUCCCGCAAGGUGGACAAGCGCAGCGACCCCUACCACGUCUACAUCAAGAACAGGGUCUCCAUGAUCUGAGCCUGGCCCAAGCCUUGUCCCCAGGGAGCCGCUGGCCUCGGGGUCACCGUGCUGCGCGCCUCCCGCUCGCUGUGGGAUGCGACAGUGCUGCUGGCCCCAAAGCUUCUGAGAACCCCCCAAAGCUGCUGAGAACCCCCCAAAGCUGCUGGGAACCCCCACCAUGGAGGAGCUCAGUCCUGGUGUGAGCAGCGCUGGGAUGUCCUGGCUGGCAGGAGCUGGGACAACAUGACCUGCAAGCAGGUCCUGGUCCUGCAGACCCACCUCGGCUCCACCUGCAAGCAAGUCCUGGUCCUGCAGACCCACCUCGGCUCCACCUGCAAGCAGGUCCUGGUCCUGCAGACCCACCUCGGCUCCACUGUGGGUAUGGGGAUGGCAGGGGCAGCUCCUUUCCCACCGUGGCCUGCAGGGGCUGACAGGAGGCUUUGAGGAGAAUAUUUCUCCAUUCCCUACUCAGAUCAGCCGGCGUUGACCUCCCUGGGCUCCCAGCAGCUGUGACAGUGGUUCACGGGUUUUUUCUGGUGCUGAAACCCUGUAAUGUUUGAGCUGGGCUGGGCCCUGCUUUUCUGGCAUGGAAUUAAAGGAGGUGAUGGGUUCCAGGGGACUUGUGUUUGCUUCUGCUCCGAGCAGAGUUGAUGUUUGGGGCAAUACACGGGGCAUCACUCUGUGCCAGAGCCCAGGGGACACUGAAAGGGCUGAACCUGCUGCCUGUGUGCUGCCAAGGUGGAUUCAAGGGCAGCCCUUCAGUGGCAUCACAGCCCCUACGAUGGGAGAGGUCCCCCAGGAUGGAGCGAG